AGAGGGUGCCCUCAGGGUGGCUUAGCCCGGUCAGAAGCCUCUGGAGGGAUUGCGCUACAUCUCUGAGAGUGACCCGGCCAGAAGGGAGCCAAGACAAAGAGUCCGGAACGCCGCACCCUCAGCUUAUUGAGCAGAGCUCGGCGCCUUCGAAUCCGUAGUACUCAGAGUCCCUGGCCAGCGCCCAAGCUCGUUCUCAGGAAACUCAUUUCUACUGCCCCUGGGACUUCCUCUCUCCAUCAAUUCAGUGUGACUCUCUUCAAGUUCUCCAGUCCUUGCUUCCGUACUCAAAACCAACUUUAAAACGCGAGGUUUCACGUCAGUAACUCCCUUGCUGAGCGGUUCUUUUACUGUGAAGGAAAACAAAGACUUGAUAUUCAGUACUUGAUUUUUGCGUGGACUGGAAAUCGAUAGUUUGUAGCCCGAGGGGACGGGGUGGACGCAGAGGUCCUCGGGAAGGACUGGAGGUACUAGGGGAGAUCAGCCGUGACCCCUGGAGAGAGGCUUUUUGUUGCCUUCCACAGGAUGGUCUUUAGAUCCUCUUGAGCCCCCAUAUGGUUCGAACUCACGGUGCAACAUUGAUCUGGGGAGUUAAAUGAGAUCAGAUUCGGAGAAAAUGGGAAAGGAGCAGAUAGUACUAUUUUCUGCAGCUUCCUGGGGCUGCCCUGUAAGUCGUCAAGAAGUGCAGCUUUUUAAAGAUCAUCCUUCUUGCUCAUUGUUAACUUGCUGCCCUGAGAAUGGUGCCACUUAGAUGACCACUUGGAGCAUGUAAGAAGUUAGGCCUGCUCUGGCAAGGCUGUAGACAUGUGAAUACAUUCCUCUGUUAGUGUCAUCUCUACUCUAGGAAGAAACUUCUUUUACACAGAGAGAGACUCAUCUUCAUUUAAUUCUUCAAGGACAUGGGAAGAUAGGUGUAAACCCUGGAACUCUGACUCUUAAUUAAAGGGAAGCUGCUUUCUGCUAUGAAUGAUGGCCAAACCCACUUUGAGAGGGAAUGGCCCUAACUCUGAAACCUUAAGACAACGCUUCAGGAAAUUCCAUUACCAUGAGGUGGCUGGACCUCGGGAGGCUUUCAGCCAACUCUGGGAACUUUGUUGUCGGUGGCUGAGGCCAGAAGUGCGUACCAAGGAACAGAUUGUAGAAUUGUUGGUACUAGAGCAGUUCCUGACUGUCUUACCUGGGGAGAUCCAGAAUUUGGUACAGGAACAAUGUCCAGAAAAUGGAGAGGAGGCAGUGACACUGGUGGAAGAUUUAGAAAGAGAGCCUGGAAGACAUGGACCUUCGGUCACAGUCUCUGUGAAGGGGCAGGAAGUGCACUUGGAGAAGAUGACACCCCUGAAAUCAUCACGAGAGUUCUUAAGUGUUCAGCAGGAGUCAAUGGAACCCCAGCCCAGGAAUGUACCCAAGAAAGAGAGGGCAAGAAGUCCAGACCUGGGACCACAGGAACAGAUGAACCCAAAGGAGAAGCUCAGACCUUUUCAAUGGAGUGCAGGAUUUCCAUUUCCUAAAUCCGGUGUGGUCUCCAGGUUGGAGCAGGGAGAGCCAUGGAUCUCAGAUCUGCUGAGCUCCAAAGAGAAAGAAGUCCCAAAAGGCAGCCACACAGGUGAUAGACAAGUACAUGCUGAUAUACUAUCAUCCAAGAGAGAGAGAAACUGGGUGGAAAAGGAUCACUGGGGCUUUGAGGAUGAGAAGGUGACAGGUGUACACUGGGGCUAUGAAGAGACCAGAACUCUCCUUGCAAUUCUUAGCCAAACUGAAUUUUAUGAGGCUCUCCAAAACUGUCAUCGAAACAGCCAAGUAUACGGGUCUGUGGCUGAGAGACUCCGGGAGUAUGGUUUCUUCCGAACCCUGGAACAGUGUCGGACAAAGUUCAAAGGUCUUCAGAAGAGCUAUAGGAAAGUCAAGAGUGGCCACCCACCUGCGACCUGCCCCUUCUUUGAAGAAAUGGAGGCACUGAUGAGAGCUCAGGUCAUUGCUCUGCCUAGUAAUGGCCUUGAAGAGACAGCCUCUCAUUCUGGCCAGGUGAGUAGUGAUGCAGAGACUAAGGAGCCAGGACAGGAGGCCUGGCAGCAUGAGGAAGGAGCAGAAACAGCUUUGGCUGAGGCUUCUGACAGUGAUGAAUUGGACCUGGAGGCCACCCCCCAGGACUCAACUGCACCUGUCCUGUUCCGAAGCCCAAGUGGUGUACACUGGGGCUAUGAAGAGACCAAGACUUACCUUGCAAUUCUUAGUGAGACUCAGUUUUAUGAAGCCCUCCGUAACUGUCAUCGCAAUAGCCAGUUAUAUGGAGCAGUGGCUGAGAGAUUAUGGGAAUAUGGCUUCCUCAGGACUCCAGAGCAGUGUCGGACCAAAUUUAAAAGCCUACAAACCAGCUAUCGGAAAGUCAAGAAUGGCCAAGCACCAGAGACCUGUGCAUUUUUUGAGGAGAUGGAUGCUUUGGUGAGUGCCCAGGUUGCAGUUCCAUCUAGUGAUGGCCAGGAAGAAGAGAUAGUGUCUUGCCCCAUCCAGGGAAACAGUGAGGAAGAAGUUGAGAAGCAAGCUGAGGAUGCAGAAGAGGCCAUAGAAGAAGAUUCUGAUGAUGAUGAAGAGGAUACUGAGAUACCCCCAGGGGCUGUCAUGAACCGUGCUCCAGUCUUAUUCCAGAGUCCCAGUGGUUUUGAAGCUGGAUUUGAGAAUGAAGAGAAUUCAAAACGGGAUAUUUCUGAGGAAGUACAACUGCAUAGGACAUUACUUGCAAGGUCUGAAAGGAGAAUUCCCCGUUAUCUUAAACAAGGUAAAGACAGUGAGAGUGAAUGUAGAUCAGGAAGACCGUGGGAAAAGACACUAGAGGAGAAGAGAGGAAAACUGACACUCUCAGAGAAGAGUUUAGGUAAAAUCAUAAGUCAUCAAAGACUUUGCUUGGGAGAGAAACCCUUUAAAUAUCUCAGAUAUGGUAAAAGCUUUGGCCCAAACUCCCAUCUCACACAUCAGAUUUCCCCCCAGGUAGAAAAUCCAUAUAAAUGUGCUGAUUGUGGGAAAAGCUUCAGUCGGAGUGCCCGCCUCAUUAGACACCGGAGAAUCCACACUGGAGAGAAACCUUAUAAGUGUCUUGACUGUGGGAAAAGUUUCCGUGACAGUUCAAAUUUCAUCACCCAUAGGAGAAUCCACACAGGAGAGAAACCUUAUCAAUGUGGUGAGUGUGGAAAACGCUUCAAUCAGAGCUCAAGCCUUAUUAUUCACCAGCGAACUCACACAGGAGAAAAGCCCUAUCAAUGUGAAGAGUGUGGAAAAAGCUUCAAUAACAGUUCUCAUUUCAGUGCACAUCGGAGGAUACACACAGGAGAGAGACCUCAUGUGUGUCCUGACUGUGGAAAGAGUUUCAGUAAGAGUUCUGACUUACGUGCACAUCACAGAACCCACACAGGAGAGAAACCCUAUGGAUGUCAUGACUGUGGCAAGUGCUUCAGUAAAAGUUCUGCCCUUAAUAAACACCGAGAAAUCCAUACACGAGAAAAGCUUUUGUCACAGUCAGCACCUAAGUAAGCCUCUAAGGAUAAAUAAAGAAAAGAGCCUAAGUACAUUUAUUGUUUGGGAAGUUCCAAUAUCAAGAUCCAUCUCCUAUUCUGUGCCCAACUGGCCUAAGAAGUAAUCCUUAGGGUUUAUAUCAUUGUUUGUUCCUUAAGUUUCUUCUACACCUAUAGCCAAAUUCCCAAUGCAAUCAUUUUAAGAAUAAAAGGAAGAUUUCAGUCCUUCA